AUGCCGUCGGAGCGGGAAGCGGCUGCAGCGUCACCGGAUACGUCAGAGACGACGCUGAGACGGGUGAUUCGUCAGACGCGGCUCGUUUGUGGAGAUCUAGCUGAGAAGCCACUGGUACAGGCCACAAUAGUGCACCCAGAACGGACGCUGUACGCCGUGGACGCUGCCUUUUCGAGAGCGGUUUCCGUUGUAGUCCGUAGGACUCGCGAGACGUUGGCUGGAGCUAGUCCACUAUUGCCCGUUGCAGCGCUUGGUCUUAGCUUCUGGGGAGGCGCUCGGGUAUACCGUCGCCUUCGUGAGCUCGUGCUCCCAAGCACGCAGCAGAAACUGCCUACAACUGGUUUACAUCAGGCGAAGCGCGGUCCGUAG